AACAUUAGUAUUAGUAGUCUCAGUCAUUACUGGUCAGCGAUUAGUGUUGUUUAUAAAAUUAAAAAUUAAAUCAUAUUGAAAAUAAAUCGUACAAAUUUAUUUCUCAUUCUCAUAAUAAAAUUAAAUUAAAAAGUAAGUAUUUAUAAAAAAAGGGGUCUGCGGACCAAUUUAAGUUAUAGCUAGGGGUCCGUGGCUUCAGUGCUUCACACUAAUUGGGAACCGCUGAUCUAUACUAUAUCUAUUUAGAAAUCUGUGGAAUGUACACGUCCGUGUGUGAUACCACAGAAUAGAAUAUUAUAUACGCUAUUGUUAACAACAGUUAACACCGAUUUGUGAUAACGAUAUAAAAACAAAUAGUUAAUGCACGUGUAUGUACAUUUUUAUUUUUUAUGUAUUACUUAUUGACUAUUGCGAUAUUUGCUCGUUGCUAAUGGUCAAUAAUUCGAUUCACUUUUUUUUGCUGAAUUAACUGGUUAAUCUCAACCAUUGUUAAUAAAAUCUUUCAAAUUUUUGACUGUAUGACUGAAUUAUAACGAUGGACGCCUCGUUACCAGCAUUAGACUUCACGUUGAUAGAUACACAUGGAUUCAAGAAAAAUAAAAAGGUAAAACGAGUUCUACCAGACUGGCUCGCUAAACCUACUAUUGUAUCGGUCGAUUUAAAACACCUUGAAGUGCCCAUUGACGGUAUUCCAGAGCUAGACCCUGCUUUAGUUCAAAAAUUAAAAAAUAAGGGAUGUACACAUUUUUUCCCAGUUCAAAAUCAAUUAGUUCCGUGGAUAAUUAAAACACAAAAACAUUGGGACUAUAGAUGGAUCAGAGAUGUGUGUAUUUCAGCACCGACUGGCAGUGGAAAAACUCUCUCUUAUGUUCUUCCUAUUAUACAGACAUUAAAAGCAUUCUCUACGCGUCAACUCCGUGCCCUCAUUGUAUUGCCAACUAAAGAUUUAGCUGUCCAAGUAUUCAAAGUGUUUUUAUAUUAUAUUAAAAAUGCGUUUAAUUUGAGAGUGCUUCUUUUAGAAUCCAAAAAUAUGACUUUAGAAAAAGAAAAAGAAAGAAUUUUACAAUAUGAUAGCAGUAUUGGAUGGAUAGACCUAGUAGAUAUCUUAGUUACUACUCCAGGAAGACUAGUUGAUCAUUUAUAUUACACUGAAGGUUUUUCUUUAAAAAAUCUCAGGUUUCUUGUUUUGGACGAAGCUGAUAGUUUUACCAAUAUUUUGCAAAAUGAUUGGCUAUGUAAAGUUAACGAAAGCUUAGCAUAUAAUGGACCUACAAUAUGUACUUUAAAUACCUUAAACGAGUCACCACAAAGAACACAGAGAUUAUUAUUUUCAGCAACUCUUACUCAAGAUCCUGAAAAAUUAAAGUUUCUUAAACUCUUUGAACCUAAAUUGUUUACAUCAAUUGUUAAAAGAAAAAAUACUCAAUUGCCUACAGAUACACUUGUCACAGACGAACCUGUACGAGGUGAUUUUGUAGGAAAAUACACAACACCCAAUGAACUCAAAGAAUACAUGGUGUUGUGUCCAGAAGAAAAUAAACCUCUAACACUAUAUCAUUUGAUAAGAAGUAAAGGUUUAAAGAGGGUAAUUUGUUUUGUCAAAUCAAAAAUAGAAGUACAUCGUUUAACUCGACUUUUAUGCAAACUCUGUGAAUUUGAUGAAAAUAAUUCGCCAUUAAGAGUUAAUGAAAUUUCUUCAGAUGUAUCUCAAAAAGUUCAUUCAAGUUAUAUUAAACAAUUUUCAGAUGGAAAAAUUGAUGUACUUAUUUGUACAGAUUCAUUAGCUCGAGGCAUAGAUAUAGAACGAAUAUCUUGUGUUAUUUUAUACAACGUGCCAAAAUAUCCAAAAAACUACAUACAUCGAAUUGGUAGAACAGCGCGUGCUGGCCAUAAAGGAAAAGCUAUUACAUUUGUCACUCCAGAACAUAAAGAACUGUUUGAUGACAUUUUAAAUUCUGCGGGUAAAACUAGUCUGAAAAAUAUAAAAGUUAAGAUUUCUGACUUGGAACAAUAUGAACAAAUGUAUAUAGAUGCAUUAAAAGCUAUAAAAACUGAAUCAACUCAAAAACCAAGAACUGUUAACAAAAAAAGAUUGAGGAAGAACAAACAACUCAAAAAGUAAUAUGUACUCAAGUUUUUUUUUUACUUUUUACAAAUAGUAUUGAUGAAUAUAAUUAUUUUAUCAACA